CUCGUCGAAUGUGAAGGGAUCUUUAAUACAAUCGGUUAUCCGGGUUCGUUCUAUUGAACAUGUUUAGAAUGACGCUCAAAUAAACGAAGGAUAGAAAGGAUUCACAUCAGAUAUUGUUUAAUCAAGAUGGAGGGUAAGAUGUCGGACGGUUUAACGAUGAUAGAGAUCAAGCCACCAGUUCAUGGCCAUCUUGGUCCAGGCAACUUCACCAUAUCACAAGAAGAAGAUUUAACUCACCCGGCCAUGUGUAGCGUCUUUAAAAAACAUUAUAUAGAUCACCCAGGACAUAACUCUAGUCUUCCCACUGACCUGCCUGCUCUUGGGCCUGUUAUGCACAGAGACCGAAAAUUCUUCAACGAAAUGUCGUCGGAGACAAGCAAUGCGUAUGAAUACAGACCCACCGUGAAACCCGUUCUGGAAAACGCUCAGACAAAACUUAGUACCACAAAUUUUAAAAUGGACAAAGAUCUGAGCAAGUUUAAUUCCUUCAACACAACAAGUGAAUAUUAUUUUGGUCCGAAAGUAGGGCCUGAUUUUAGAAGGAUACAAACUAUAACAGAUCAUGGUUCCCAUGUUCCGAACGGAGAUCCGGGAAAAGCCCCACUGCCUAAAUCAGAUUAUAGAGAUAAGUUUGUAGGUCAUGAUACAUCAGUAUGUAAAAUUAUAAAAGCCAAGUCUAUGCAUGAAGGAGGACCACCAACAAUAACUGGAGAUCUAAAAUACAACGAUUUUACCACUUCUCAUAGUCAACAGUUUCCUUAUAAAUGGCAAUAUAAAUUAGAUUCAUUUUAUCCGACAACAGUAACGAAUGUACCGAAUGGUGAUCCAGAGAAGAUCGUACUACGUGACACAACAAUGAGAACAUCAUUCCCAUGUAUUGAAGGAAUCGAUCGUCCUAAACCUAGUUACGAUCGUCAAGCAGUCAGUCAGCUUCUAUUACAGACCAAUUUUAAACAGUCCGAUGGCAAGAAAACCUGGGAUAAUUACAUGAGUACAGCUAAUAGUUCCUUUCAAAUGGCCACGGUACCAUAUAAAAAGUCGGCUCCAUCCAUAGCCCGUAACCAGAGUGCUUUUCCCCGAGGUGACUGGGGGAAUGACACAGAAAGAAGAUCUAUGACGACCAGUAAUUUAUAUCAUGGCAAUCCUGCUCCCGGUCUACACAAUACGAUAUUAAAAGGCGCGGAUGAGUUAACGAAGAGUAACGUAUUAUUUGGUGAACCCCGUAUAAAGAAGCCAUCUAUCUAUUAUUCUACUACCACUCAAGAUGUCUUCACCCCCAAAUCCACCCCUUAUACCUACACCAAAAAUAAAUACUAUCUCAAUUCUCAUGUGCCAUUACGUUAUUACAAAAAUGAGAUAAACAACUCGACAACUCAGUCUGAUUAUUUGAAACCAGGUAAUGUAGACAGAGUACACCCUAUGGAGUCCGGUGAACAGAUGAAGAAGACCAACUUUUUCCCGCCAUGGAGAAAUGCGACCUGUUUUAAUACAACCCAUCAGGACAUGUAUACACCGAAAACAAUGGAGAAAUUCAUCAUUGAUUCCGGCAAGAUGCAGAGAAGUUCCGUUCCUUUGGGACCACAAGCUUAAAAAUCUCUGAUAACAGUCAGUUUUUAAAUCAUGUCCAAACCACAUAAAUAUAUGAUUAUUUGAUAUAUUUGUUGUUUCCAUGGCUCGUCACUAUUUCGUUCAGAUGUUUAGGACAUGUUUCGUUGCCAGGGUUCAUUACACAUCAAAGUCACUGUGGGGUAUUUGAAUUUUUCGGGAAAUAUCAAAUUUUUCGCAACUUUAUCAACGCUGUCAGUAACUGAGGCGUUAUACUUUCGAUUUCAAAAUUUAUACAUUUCGAUAAAAAAUCAUUUAGCACACCGUACCAAUAAAUUAGAUCUCCUUACAGGACUUGUUUAUUUCAAACACAGCCCACAUUGUGGACAGUCAGCAUCCCUUCCCCCUCAUCUCGUCUAAAAUAUAUAUUACACACAAACAAUUUUUGGGGAAGUGGUCGGAGAGUAUCCUUUUGAGUUGAAGAACCCUGUUGAUUUUGUUGUUGUUCUUAAUGUUUAACGUCCGCUUCCACCGAAGGUGAUAUCGCAGACAGGUUUUAUUUUUUUAUUAUUAUUAUCUUAGCGCACGCGCAGGGGUCUUUUCUGUGGAAGGAAACCGGAGUACCCGGAGUAAACCCACGACGUUGAGAAGGCGCCACACCAGGGAUUGAAACCACAGCCGCGAGCCAGA